ACUUCCGCGUUUAACAAAAUAGGAAGUGAAAAAAGCUGGGGCAAUUGGGCAAAGUAGCGGAGAAUCCAAGAAAGACAGCGAGGGAUAUGAAAGUGCGAAUUGAGUCCCACGUGUAAUGUUCGUCGCGCUGCUCUCGUUAUUUCGCCAGCGCUAAGUUGUGGACGCUGUCAUUACUUCAGCAUGAACACAGAUGUGGAGUUUCAUAUCAGGCAGAACUACCCUUGGACCAAACUACCGGCUAACGUGAAACAGAGCCUUGGUAAUUCUCAACGAGAGUAUGACAAACAAGUCCUGCUGUACAGUAUUCAAAAUCAGUUACGAUUCCGUAACAACCUGGUGAAGCAUGUCAAAAAAGAUGAGCGAAAAUAUUAUGAAGAGCUGCUGAAGUACAGCAGGGAACACCUAAUGUUGUACCCUUAUCACCUUUCUGAUAUCAUGGUGAAAGGAUUAAGAGUUACGCCAUUUUUAUACUAUGUUGGAAUAAUGGAGGAUAUAAUGAACAGUGAAAAAAGUUAUGACUCUUUACCAAACUUCACUGCUGCUGACUGCCUUAGACUCCUGGGAAUAGGGAGGAACCAGUACAUUGACCUUAUGAAUCAAUGCCGUUCUUCAAAGAAAUUCUUCAGGAGGAAAAGUGCCCGGGACCUCCUUCCUUUGAAGCCAGUAGAUAUAUCUGUUGAGCCAUGGUGGGUUGUGCAAGCUGGAUUCAUUACGGAGGAUGAUAUUAGAAUAUGUUCCCCUACAGAAAAAAGUGCUGUUGAUAAGCUCAUAGAUUCUGGUCCCCAGUUGGCUGGAUUAAUUGAAUACAAUGUUGUGCUCAGUUUAUAUAAUAAAGGCUUCAUUUAUUUGGAUGUUCCAAUUUCUGAUGAUAGCUGUAUCGCUGUGCCACCUUUAGAAGGAUUUGUAAUGAAUCGCGUCCAAGGUGACUACUUUGAAACACUGCUCUACAAAAUAUUUGUCUCUAUCGACGAGCAUACUAAUGUUUCUGAGCUUUCAAAUGUCCUUGAAAUCGAUUUAAAUCUUGUGAAGAAUGCAGUUUCAAUGUACUGCCGACUUGGCUUUGCUGUGAAGAAGGGUCAAAUAACAAAUGCAGAUCAGUUUCAUCCAUCAUGGAGGAGCAUUCAGUCUUUAAAUCGAUUAAAAAGUACUAUGGAUUCUCAGAAGAUGCUGUUAUCCUGGGAAGGAGGAAAUCCUGUUGUAGAAUGUUCAUCGUCGGCUUCUGAUACUAACAGCCAAGAAGACCAAGAAACAUCUAGUCUUUGCAGUUUGAGCAUAUCAAGUGGUCAUACAAAAAGGAUUGCUUUUCUUUUUGAUUCAACACUCACUGCAUUUUUAAUGAUGGGAAAUCUGUCUCCAAAUUUGAAAAGUCAUGCUGUCACGAUGUUUGAGGUGGGCAAGCUGUCGGAUGAAUCUCUUGAUAGUUUUUUGGUUGAGCUUGAAAAGGUUCAGAGCACUGCUGAAGGUGAAGCCCAGAGAUACUUUGAGCAUGCAGUUACUCUCAGAAACACCAUACUGUUUCUAAGGCACAAUAAGGACUUAACUUUAGACCCUGAACAACCAAGCAAUGGCUUUGCUGUGGAUCUUCUCCGUUGUGAGAGCUUACUUGGGUUAGAUUCUGCAACGUGUAGCCGAGUUUUGAACAAGAACUACAAGAUCCUGGUUUCCAUGGCACCACUUAGUAACGAAAUACGGCCAAUCAGUAGCUGUACACCCCAGCAUAUUGGACCUGCAAUUCCUGAAAUCAGUUCAAUAUGGUUUAAAUUAUAUCUGUACCAUAUCUGUGGAAAAGGACCCCCAUCACUACUACUGUCAAAAGGCGUAAGGCUUCGAAAGCUUCCUGACAUAUUUCAGGAAUACAGCAAGCUGCUAGUUACAUCUUGGGGACACGAUCCUGGCAUUGUUCUGACGUCCAAUGUUCUCACCAUGUUAAAUGAUGCUCUUACCCAUUCGGCUGUGUUAAUACAGGGACACACCAUUCAUGGCAGUGGAGAAACUGUGUAUGUACCAUUCCCAUUUGAUGAAGAAGAGCUAAAAGGAGAUUUCUCCCAAGAAAACAUGUCUGUUCACAAGGCAUUAAAAGUGCUACGAAAGAAUCUGGAUUUGGAGCAUACUUCUGGGUACAUUACUAUGUUAAAUCCUAGGAGUAAGAGAGCAAGGAGGCACAGUGACUCCCUAGAGGAAAAAGGCGAUUCUGAGCAUUCCAAUAGUUCUGAUGUGAAUGGCAGCACUGAGUCCUUCGAGCUGGUUGUUCAAGAACCAAAUUCAGCAGAGUUGAGCAAAAGGCAAGGAGUGGAAGAUGAGUCUGCAGAAGAGGAAUGGGUCCCUUUGGAUGUAUCCUUUGGGAUUCCCUUAUUUAACUCUGAACUGAAUGUUAAAGUUUGCCAGAAAAUUGUUACCCAUGGGCUCUGUGGCAAAGAAAGCCUUAAAACAUUGCUACAUUCCAGCAGAAAACUGUCUCUAAAAGUUCUCAGUUUUGUACAGUCAUUUCAGGAUUGCACAUCACUUACAGAUUCUGGUUCCGAAUACAGUGCAUCCUAUUUGAUAAACCCGUCAUCGCUACUGUCUGAUGUGGGAGUUCCACUCCCAUCUAAAAGUUUGGUUUUCAAAGACGGAGUUCUGUCAGAGUGGAGUGAAGGAGCACUUCCUGCUUUGAAGAUCUCGGCACUGCAAAAAGAGAGCUCAUCAUAAAUGCCUGAGAAUGCACAAAGGGGUCUAUAUGAAAAAAAUCAAACAUUAGGAAGUAGAAAGAAAAUGCAAAGAUAAUUUCAAAUAUUUGAUCAUUGCAGGAUUAUGCUUUAUAACCCUGACACACACAGCGUAAAUGGUUAGGGGGUUGUAUACAUAUACAUGAAUACAACAUGACGCUGUGUGGCAUUUCUUUCUGCUUUCAGUGGUUUAUAGUGUAGAUGUUUUUUUUUUUGCUGAAACAAAUUAAAUUUGGACCUUUUAAAGUGACAUUUCAGUGAUUUUUGCUGCACUACUCUGGACCAGGAGAGGCCUAGUUUGACCAUUCAGGUGACUCAGGCCUUGAGAUUUUAUCAUGGAUUUUUGUUUCUCUUAAUAAUCAACUGUUAAAUAAAGAGAGUUUAUAACAAAUUGUGUAUUGUAGAUAGUAAACAAUGAAUGUGAUCAUUUGUUGUACAUGCAGUAUUUUAAAGUUAAAACAUAUUUCAUUGUAUCUGCGGUCACAUGUUAGUCCUGUGAUCACAAAGGUAAUGAGUUACAGGUUAUAAACUGAAUGUUUUCACCAAGGAAGAAAAACGUUUGAUUCCUGAUUUGACCAAAUAUGUGUAUUAGUGUGCAGUGCAGUGCUCUUAAAUUAAAAAUGUAUUUUGGAUCCUUAUUACCAUAAUUAUGCUUUAAGGACUGCAAUCCUGUAACAUUGAACACAAUCUGUUUUUCUUUUACCUUCAUAAAACAC